GGAAAUUGGAUUUGUCAAAGCGUAUUUUUGUUAACUUUCCUCUUGUAUUACAAAACAAAUAGCAUAAAAAGUAAGCUAACAAACAUCAAAUAGAGGGAGAACGAGCCAGUUACAGAGCGACGCCUACAGAUCUAUCAAACAUGGGGUAGACUCGAGAACGAAGAUCAGAACAUGCAGCUGAGGCUCUUUUGUUGUCUCUGCUAAUUGGUUUCUUUUAAAAAAUUUUGAAGACAGUGGUUCUCUUUUAUAAAUAAUUAAUUCUAGUGAUCAGGUUCAGAUAGUCAGACGCUUAGCAAGCUUUGUACUGGCCAUCAGUCUUUUAAUUGAUUGGCUGUUGGUUGUAUACAUCUGGCUCUUUGCUGGAUCAUCAUUUAUUAUCUCAAUUAGAUUAGUUUCAUCUCAUCGGAAUUAGAAAGUUGUGGUGUUCUUGGAUUGAGUUAUGGCGGCUGCGGCGAUUGCAGAUUCUAAACGUAAAUAUUCUUGGUGGUGGGAUAGCCAUAUAAGUCCCAAAAACUCAAAAUGGCUUCAGGAGAAUCUUACAGAUAUGGAUGCCAAAGUCAAACAAAUGAUCAAACUCAUUGAAGAAGAUGCUGAUUCCUUUGCAAGGAGGGCAGAAAUGUAUUAUAAGAAACGCCCAGAGCUUAUGAAACUAGUUGAAGAGUUUUACAGGGCAUAUCGUGCCUUGGCUGAAAGGUAUGAUCAUGCAACUGGGGUGAUCCGCCAGGCACAUCGAACGAUGGCAGAAGCAUUUCCCAACCAAGUCCCCUUUAUGCUGGGUGAUGAUUCACCUGCAGGUUCUGCUGAUAGUGACCCUCGUACACCUGAGAUGCUGCCAAUACGUGCUUUUUUUGAUCCUGAUGAAUUGCAAAAGGAUGCUUUGGGAAUGUCACCAUCACAAGCCCAUGCUGUCAAGAGGAAUGGAGGUUUUACUGAAGAAUCUGAUUCUGUUCCUGGCAGAAAGGGUUUGAAACAGCUAAAUGAUUUGUUUGGGACUGCAGACGUGAUGAACCAUGUGAAGUUUGCAGAGGGAAGGGCAAAAAAAGGCCUUAGUUUUGAUGCUGAAGAGGGAGAACAAGGUGUACAGGACAGUGGUAAAUUUGACAUCAAGGCUCGAAUUCCAUCUGAGUCUCAGCGAGUGAGUAAAGCUGAGCAGGAAAUUUUAACAUUAAAGAACACUCUUACGAAAUUAGAGGCUGAAAAGGAUGCUGUCCUACUUCAGUACCAACAGAGCUUACAAAGAUUGUCUAAUCUGGAGUCAGAAGUAUCACGUGCAAAAGAGGAUUCCAGGGGUCUUAAUGAACGAGCUAGCAAAGCUGAAGCUGAAGUUCAAACUUUGAAGGAAAGCCUUGCUAAAUUAGAGGCUGAAAGGGAAGCUAGUUUUCUUCAAUGUCAGCAGUGUUUGGAGAAAAUAAGUAAUUUAGAGAACAAUAUCUCUCAUGCACAGAAGGAUGCAGGAGAACUCAAUGAGCGUGCCAGCAAAGCUGAAAUUGAGGUUCAGUUACUUAAGCUAGAACUGGCUAAAUUAGAAGCUGAAAAAGAAAAUGCUAUACUUCAGCACAAACAGUGUUUGGAGAAGAUAGCUGAUCUGGAGAGGAAAUUAUUGCAUGCCGAGGAAGAUGCCCAAAGGUUUAACGAGCGUGCUGACAAAGCUGAAAGGGAGGUUGAAACCUUGAAGCAAGCACUGACCAUGCUAACUGAAGAGAAGGAAGCUGCUGCUGUUCAAUACCAGCAAUGCUUAGAUACAAUUUCUAGUCUGGAGCAUAAACUAGCUUAUGCCGAGGAGGAGGCCCAAAGGCUUAACUCUGAGAUAGAUGAUGGGGCUGUGAAGUUGAAGGGUGCUGAAGAAAGGUGUCGUCUGUUGGAGACAUCGAAUCAAACUAUGAACUCUGAAUUGGAGUCUCUCUCACAGAAAAUGGCGGCUCAAAGUGAAGAAAUUACAGAAAAGCAGAAGGAGUUAGGGAGACUGUGGACUUGCAUUCAAGAAGAGCGGUUGCGAUUCGUGGAGGCUGAAACUGCUUUUCAAACUUUGCAGCAUUUGCACUCUCAGUCUCAGGAAGAACUGAGAUCUAUAGCUGCAGAGCUUCAGAAUAGGACCCAGAUUUUACAGGACCUAGAAGCUCGUAAUCAGAGUUUACAAAAUGAAGUUGAGCAGAUCAAGGCGGAAAACAAAGGCCUGGGCGAAGUCAACUUAUCUUCAGCUUUGACAAUACAGAAUUUGCAGGAUGAGAUUUUGAGCUUAAGGGAGAUUAUCCAGAAACUGGAAGCAGAGGUUGAACUUCGACUGGACCAAAGGAAUGCUCUCCAGCAAGAAAUUUACUGUCUGAAGGAGGAGUUAAAUGAUCUUAAUAAGAAGCAUCAGGCUAUCAUGGAGCAGGUGGAAGCAGUUGGCUUAAGUUCAGAGUCCCUUGGAUCAUCUGUGAAGGAUUUGCAGAGUGAUAAUAUAAAGCUGAAAGAUGUCUGUGAAAGAGAGAGAUGUGAAAAAGCAACUCUUUUGGAUAAGUUGGCGAUCAUGGAGAAACUCAUAGAGAAAAAUGCUCUUUUGGAGAAUUCCUUAUCAGAUUUGAAUGUGGAGCUUGAAGGAGUAAGAGAAAGGGUACGGACACUAGAAGAAUCCUGCCAAUCUCUUUUGGGAGAGAAAUCCGCUCUUGCUUCUGAGAAGACCAUAUUGGCCUCUCAGUUACAGAUUGCCACUGAUAAUUUGGAGAAAAUCACAGAGAAGAACAACCUUUUAGAGAAUUCUCUUUUUGAUGCAAAUGCUGAGGUUGAAGGGUUGAAGGUAAAAUCAAAGAGUUUACAAGAUUCAUAUAUGUUGCUUGAGAAUGAGAGGUCUGACCUGGCUGCUUUGAAAGGAAAUUUGAUUUCUCAGUUGGACAUCACUCAGAGAAGACUGGAAGAUUUGGAGAAAAAUCAUAUGGGGUUAGAAGAAAAAUACUCAAGUUUGGAGAAGGAGAGAGAAUCCACACUUCACGAAGUAGAAGAGUUACGUCUCUGCUUAGAUGCUCAAGCGCAACAACAUGCUAAUUUUGCCCAGUCGAGUGAAUGUCAAUUGGCUGGUAUGGCAACACAAAUUCACUUGCUACAGAAAGAGGGCCAGUGCAUAAAGAAAGAAUAUGAAGAAGAAGUGGACAAAGCUUUUUCUGCUCAGACACAGAUUUUCAUCUUGCAGAAGUGUUUGCAAGAUCUGGAAGAAAAUAAUUUUUCUCUUUUGCUCAAGUGCCAAAAGCUCCUAGAUGCAUCUAAACUGUCAGAGAAACUGAUUUCUGAACUGGAGCAUGAAAAUCUUGAACAACAAGUGGAGGUGAAAUCUCUCUAUGAUCAAAUUAAAGUGCUAAGGGUAGGGCUUUACGGGGUGCUGAAGACUCUAGAGCUUGAUGCAGACCGGUGGUGCGAGGGUAAGGCUGAUCAAGACGAAAUGCUACUGAACCAUGCACUUAACAAGCUUCAAGAAACACAAAAAUUUCUCUUUGCAAUGCAAGACGAAAAUCAACAGUUGGUCAUUGAGAAUUCUGUUCUUGUUACUCUGCUUGGGCAACUGCAACAAGAGGUGGUAUAUCUCAUGACAGCUAAAAACACUCUUGAUCAGGAGUUGGUGUCUCGGUCAGAGGAGUUCUUGGUUUUGCAGAGUAAGAACCAACAACUUGCAGACACAAAUGAAGAAUUGAAAUUGAGGUUAGUGGAGGGAGACCACAUGCAGGAAGUUUUGAAGGUUGACCUAAAUAAUCUGCACAGACAGCUCUCAGACUUGCAAGGGGGUUACCAGAAUUUACAGGAAGAGAAUUGCAAGGUCGUCGAUGAGCAAAGGUCCUUAAUGAAGUCAAUCUCAGAUUUGGGAGAAGAGAAAUGUAAAUUAGCAAAUGAGAACUAUGCCAUUUUUGAAGAAACAGUAUCUCUAAGUACCCUUUCUCUAAUUUUCAGGGAUAUCAUUUCUGAGCAAUUCUUGAAAAUAAAAGAACUCAAUGAAGCUCUGGAUAAAUUUCAUCAUGUCAAUAAUGGCCUUAAUGAGAAAAUGAAGAUAAUGGAGGUGAAUCUAUUGGAGCUUGGAGUAAUAAAGGAUGAGAAAAGAGAGCUGCACAAAAUGUUGGAGGAUCUGCGGUGCAAGUAUGAUGAGGUUGAAUUAAUACGAGCAGGUCAGGAAAAGCAGAUCAUCAAACUAUGUGGGGAUUAUGAUCAACAGAGUAAGGAGGUAGAGUGUAUUCGUGAAGCAAAUAAGGGAUUGGAGACUGAAAUAGUGAAAUUGAAUGGAGACCUUUUAGAAGCAAAGAGCAGGGAGGAAAGUUUGAAUUAUGAACUACAAAAAGGAAGAGAUGAGGUGGAGGAUCUGCGGUGCAAGUAUGGUGAGGUUGAGUUAAUACGAGCAGGUCAGGAAAAGAAGAUCAUCAAACUGUGUGGGGAUUAUGAUCAACAGAGUAAGGAGGUAGAGUGUAUUCGUGAAGCAAAUAAGGGAUUGGAGACUGAAAUAGUGAAAUUGAAUGGAGACCUUUUAGAAGCGAAGAGCAGGGAGGAAAGUUUGAAUUAUGAACUACGAAAAGGAAGAGAUGAGGUUGAGCAAUUGGAGUCUCAUGCUGCUGCACUUUUUGGUGAAUUGCAGAUAUGUGCAGUUCAACAAGCAUUGUUUGAAGGAAAGGUUCAUGAGCUCGUUGAAACAUGUCAGAGCCUUGAAGGUAGCAAUCAUUCAAAAGCCAUGGAGAUUGACCAGUUGAAAGAAAGAGCCAGCACCAUGGAACAUGAAAAUGAAGAACUGAAGUCCCAGAUGACUUCAUAUAUUCCUGCUUUUAUUUCUCUGAGGGAAUGUAUAACAUCGCUGGAGAAUCAUAGUAUCUCACAAUCAGCAGUUCACGAAGUUGACAAGGAAGCAAAGGAUCCCAGAUUGAUGGUGCACGCCGAAAGCUCCCAACAAAUUAUUGAAGAACAAAGUUCUGCAAGAGGUGGAUUAAUGGAUUUGCGGGAUUUGGAAAUGAGGAUUCUAGCUAUUGAAGAGGCAGUGAUGGAAAGAGAGAGACUUGUCAUUCUGGAAAACUCUAAUGCUAAGUCUAAACUUGAUGCUGCUAUUAGACAGAUUGAAGAGUUGAAAUCUAGAAGCACUUUGCAUCCAGAAGCCGUGAAAGGAAGCAAGCCUCAGAAUCUAGAUUCUGAGGACAAGGAAUUGGGGCCUGAGGCUGAUAAUAAGUUCAAGCUUCAGACAGGAGCACACCAAACCUCUGAAGAAGGGAAUGAAGUGAUGACGAAGGACAUAAUGCUUGAUCAGAUAUCUGAGUGUUCAUCUUAUGGGAUCAGUAGACGGGAGACUGUAGAAACUGAUAGUCAGAUGCUUGAAAUAUGGGAAACUACCGACCAGGACGCCAGCAUUGACCUGACUGUUGGAAGGGCUCAGAAGGCGACUCCUGCACUCACUGAGAAGAAGCGCAACAAGCAGCAGCAUCCUUCUACAGAAUCAAUGAUUGAGAAGGAUGUUAGUGUGGACAAGUUAGAGAUCUCACGGAGAUUGUCAGGAUCUCGUCAAGAAGUAAAUGAGAGAAAAAUUCUAGAAAGGCUUGAUUCCGAUUCACAAAAAUUAACUAACCUUCAAAUAACCGUGCAAGACUUGAAGAGAAAAGUAGAGAUUACGGAGAAAAACAAAAAGGGGAAAGGAAUUGAAUAUGAUAGUGUGAAAGAACAGUUAGAAGAAUCUGAGGAAACCAUCUUAAAGUUGUUUGAUGUAAAUCGGAAAUUAAUGAGGAGCAUUGAAGAUGAAUCGUUGUCCGCAGAUGACAAAUCUGCAUCGGCAAUGGAUGAGAAUGGAAGUGUUAGGAGGAGAAAAAUUUCUGAACAGGCAAGAAGAGGGUCAGAAAAAAUUGGGCGGUUGCAACUGGAAGUGCAGAAAUUGCAGUUUCUUUUGCUGAAACUUGAUGGUGAAAACAAAAGUAGAGGAAAAACCAAGAUUAUAGAACGAAAAACAAGCGUUCUACUGCGAGACUAUCUGUAUGGUGGUACGAGAACUGCUAGCCAGAAGAGAAAGAAAAGGCAUUUCUGUGCAUGUGUGAAACCUCCGACUAGUGGAGAUUGAGACAAAUCACAUUCUAUCGGCAAACAAUUUGUGUAGUUCAAGGUUAAAUUAAAAUUUAAGACAUGUAGUUGUUUUGUGCAUAAAAUUUUCUUUAUAGAGAUAUUCCAUAGACAUAAAUAUUAUCCUUUGUUUGCUUAAGAGGAUAUAGUAUUUCUUUUAGUUUUAGAGAUCCUGCUGUACAUUGUCAGGCCGCAUCUCAUUGAAAGAAGUUGCUUUAAUGGAGCUUGCUUCUUUCUUUCUUUUUUUAA